AAUAAAGUUGCUGAAUGACAUACGGACUCCGGCAACGGGUUACUGCACAGGAAUCGGCUCUCGACAAUCCUCAAACGUCCGAAUCACCACCACCAAUUUGCAAAACGGAAGUCCGCUUUUACUUAACAACGAAAUUCUGAUGAAGAAAUGCAUAUGAUACGAAAUAAGUAAACAAUUCCAUCUUCAAACCUACCAUCUCCUCGUUUCAUACUCAAUCUCUUUUCCAAUCAUGCCUGAAGUCAAGAUCAUCUGUGGUGGCGUAGGUUUCGGUGCAUUUGGCACCGAGCCCCAAGUCGAAGAACUGAUGGACGUCCUUGAAAAAGCAGGCGUUCACAAUAUCGACACAGCCAGAAUCUACGCUGGCGGAAACGGCGAGAGACUUUUGGGGAAUGUGAAAGCUGGCUCUCGUUUCACAAUCGACACGAAAGUAGGUGGUGGGUUCCAACCUGGAUCAUUGAAGAAAGGGGAGCUGGAGAAGAAUGCUGCUGCUAGUUUGGAGAUGUUGGGUAUGGACAAGGUAGACGUAUUCUACAUCCACGCCCCCGAAUACAACAUCCCGCUCUCCGAAUCCCUCUCCUCCAUCAACGCCCUCCACCUCUCCGGCAAAUUCGCCCGCUUCGGCCUCUCAAACUGUCCCGCCUCUUACGUGCGAGAGAUCUACAACCACUGCAAAGAACACAACUACGUGCUCCCGUCCGUCUACCAGGGCCAAUACAGCCCCAUCACCCGCAAGCAGGAAACGGACCUCUUCCCCACGCUCCGCGAGCUCGGUAUGAGUUUCUACGCCUACAGCCCGCUGGCAGGCGGCUUCCUGACCAAGACUCGCAACGCGUUACUAGAUGGUGGCAGAGAGGCGGGCAGGUUCGAUCAGAGCUUGCCGCGGCUGUCGCCGUUUCUGAAGGAGUAUCGCGAUAUGUUCGACAAGCCGGCGUACGUCGAGAUCCUGGGUGAGUGGGAAAGAGCAGCGGCGAUGGCGGGGUGUGGGAAGGCUGAACUGGCGUACAGGUGGGUGAGGUAUAAUUCUGGGCUGAAGGGGGAGCUGGGGGACGGGAUGAUUAUUGGGCCGGGGAAUAUGGGGCAGUUGAAGGGGACGCUGGAGGGGUUUGAGAGGGGGCCGUUGAGUGAGGAGGUUUGUGAGGCGAUUGAGGGGGUUUGGAAGAGUGUUGAGAAGGAGGCUCCGCUUGAUUGCUUCAAUGGUUAGGUAGGGGAGGUGUUCCUUUGAUCGGCAGAAGGAUGAGUGCUGCGUUACCUUUACAGACAAUUGAAUUGAAACCUUACACACAAGCACUUGGCUCUGUCUUGGAGAAUUCCCGCUUGCCCUAUCGAGUAGUUGGAGGGUCCAAGAUAAUGCACUCUCACAUUACCGUACUGUGCAAUAGUGAGAAUAUAUUUACCAUGGCCGGACUCGU